AUGGACGGACAAAUCUCAGAAUCAACCGUGAAAGAGAAAACAAAAUGCCAGUCUCUCUCUCAUAACAACGUCAGGGACCUCGUUGAUUCCGUCGAUGCCUUUCUCUUCGACUGUGAUGGUGUGAUUUGGAAGGGGGAUUCACUGAUUGAUGGUGUUCCAGAGACUUUGGAAACGCUUCGGUCCAUGGGAAAGAAGCUGGUGUUUGUGACAAAUAAUUCGAGGAAAUCAAGAAGUCAGUAUGCUAAGAAGUUUCGUUCCCUUGGAAUUUCUGUAACUGUGGAUGAGAUAUUCUCCUCCUCAUUUGCAGCGGCCAUGUACUUGAAAGUCAAUGACUUUCCUAAAGAUAAGAAGGUUUAUGUAAUUGGCGAGGAAGGUAUAUUGGAAGAACUGGAGCUUGCUGGUUUUACUGGCCUUGGUGGCCCUGAAGAUGGGAAAAAGACUGCUCUCCUGAGACCAAACUCUUUUUUCCAACAUGAUAAGAGUGUCGGAGCUGUUGUGGUUGGACUUGACCAGUAUAUAAAUUUCUACAAGCUCCAGUAUGGAACUCUUUGCAUACGUGAGAAUCCAGGAUGUCUCUUUAUUGCCACCAACCAGGAUUCAGUUGGACAUCUAACUGAUCUGCAAGAAUGGCCUGGUGCUGGAUGUAUGGUUGCUGCCAUGUGUGGGUCGACUCAGAAAGAGCCUAUUGUAGUUGGAAAACCAUCGACCUUUAUGAUGGACUUUUUACUAAAAAGAUUCAAUAUCCCUACUUCCAGAAUGUGUAUGGUAGGGGAUAGGCUGGACACGGAUAUUUUAUUUGGACUGAACGCUGGAUGCAGAACUCUUCUCGUUCUUUCUGGCGUGACAAGUAUAUCAACUCUUGAAGACUUAUCAAACCAUAUUCAACCAGAGUAUUAUUCAAGCCAGGUGUCUGACAUUCCUCAGUUAUUAUCAGCAGCUACGCUAUAA